AUGAAUGAUGAAUCAAUAUUAUCAGAUGAUACAGAUGAUGAUCGAACACAAAAUGAUCUUUUAUCUUCAUCGAUUAGUUCCGAUGAUAUAUUGGAAACUUCUUCAAUCGAACCAAUGCAAAAUUCAUUAAUAUCACUUUUAUCAACGGAAGAUAUUGAACAAUGUCUUUAUGUUUUAAAUAUAAAUUGGCGUAAAAAAUUUACAAUUUAUUUAUCAAAUAAUCAAGAUCAACAACAAAUAAAUUCUUCUUAUUCCCACGACAAUAUUUGCAAUUAUAAAUUAAAUCCAUUAGAUUCUUAUUGGGAUCAUUCAGGAGGAUCAUUACCAUCAGUUUAUUUCAAUAAUAAUGAUAAUAAUAAUAAUAUUUUAUUAAAUUCUUUAACAACUGAUAAUCGUUUAAAACCUUUUGCUGAAAGAUUACUUGAAUUAGAACAUAAAAUACUUACAGGAAUUAGAGAAAAAUCAAAUGAACAACAAACAUCAUCAACAUCGCUAAAUAAUUUUCAACAACAUCGAUCAUCAUUAAAUAAUAUUAAACAAACAUUUUCAAAUGAUAAGAAACAUUUAUAUUAUAUUGCAUUGAUUUCUUAUCCAAAAAAUAAUUAUUUUUCCAAAUUAAAACUUCGUCGUAUUGAUACUUCUCGACAAUAUUCAUUGGAUGAAAUAAAUGGUAUGUCAUCAAUAGAAAUAUUACCAACUGAUUCUCGAUCAUCUUCUCCAUUAUUUUUCGAACCACGACGACAUUCAAUAACAACAAUAAAUACAUCGGAUCAUAAUUUAACUAUUGAAAAAUGUCAAGAUAAACAAACAAAAUUUGAAAUAAAAACAAAUAUAUUUAAUAGAAAUAUUCAACUUAAAACUAAACAAGAUGAAACAAUUUAUACGAAUAAUCAAUCUUCAUCAAAUACAAAUAAACCAUUUGCACCACAUAAAAUUCAAGUUCAUCAUCCAACGAAAUCAUCAAUUGUGAAUAAUUCUCUUCAAAGCAUUCGUGUUUGUGUUAGUUCAUCACCUUAUGAUAAAGAAUUUAUUCAAAAAAUCGAAACACAAUCUCCAAGUUAUUCAUCAAUUCUAUCAAAUAUUGUUACAGAUAAUCAACCUAAAGAACAAACAAAAUCAAAUGAAAUAGAGGAAGAAACAUUUGAUCGUCGUCCACUUCUUGAUCUUAUUAAUCAACUUAAUCAAAGAAAUGUAUCUAAUCAAGCUGAAAAUCAUUCAAAUAAUCUCACAAGAACAUCUUCAAAUAUUUUACCACCAAAACAAAAUUUAAAUAAUCUUACAAGAACAUCUUCAACAUCUUCAAAUAUUUUACCACCAAAACAUAUCACACCUUUUAAACCAGUCAUUCUUCGGAAAAAAUCUCAGAAAUCAAUUGAUCGUUUUAAUUAUCUUAAUAAUAUUCAAGAAAGUUCUCCAUCAAGUCCAUCAUAUACACGUCGAAAUGGUGUUGUUCGAAGUUAUACAAUCCCAAGUCCAACUGAUGUAAAUAAAAAUUUUAAUCAAAUAUCUUCUCAAGAUCCAAUAAUAUGUCAAUCAACACCACAAUUAAAUUCAUCUGAUCCAUCAAUUGAAUCUUCAAAUUCUACAACUAUACAAGAUAAUUCUUCAUUAUCAACAAGUGCUAUUAGUUUAACUAAUACAUUAAAUCCUAAUGUAACUCCUACGUCUUGUGUCACAAUUGAUGACAAAAAUGAGGCUAAACGGAAAGCAAUUGCUAUGCAAAUGUAUGAUACAGAAAAAUCAUAUGUUGAAGCUCUCAAAAAUCUUGUUACAAAAUAUUAUUUACCAAUGAAAGAUAAAAAUAUUGUUUCCAAUGAUCUUAUUAAUGAUAUAUUUUAUAAAAUACCAGAAAUUCAUAUUCAUCAUACGGCAUUUUUAAUUUCACUUUCACAAAAAUUAAGUCAAUGGAAUAAUAAACAAACAGUUGGUGAUAUUUUAUUACAAAUGUUUACUCGAACAUCAGUUAUUGAAACAUAUACAGGUUUUGUUAAUAAUUAUAAAACAGCUCAAAUAGCAAUUCGUUUAUGUCGAGAUUUUUCAUCAUUUAAUAAAUUUCUUGAACAACAAGCACGUGAUCAUCGUGGUAAAUUAACAUUAAGAGAUUUAAUAAUUCAACCGGUGCAACGUAUUCCAAGAUAUGAAUUAUAUUUAAAAGAUUUUCUUAAAUGUACAAAUAUAAAUCAUCCGGAUUAUCAAUUAUUGCUUAAAGCACAAUUAGAAAUUCAUUCAUUAGCUAAACAAAUUGAUCAAGUACAAAAAGAAGUUGGCUCAGCUGAAGUUACUCUUACAAAUAAUUCAUUAGAAGUUGUUCAAGAUAUGAUUGAAAAUUUAACGGAUUUGGUUCAUAUAAAUCGAUAUUAUAUUUGUCAUGAUGUUGUUACAGUUCAAUCAUCAUCUGGAUUAAAAAAAGAUCGAUGUAUUUUUUUAUUUAAUGAUCUUAUUAUUAUCACAAGUUGUAAACGAAAAUAUGCAGCUUUAGCAAAAAAAACAAAUAAUUCUGUUAUUGUGAAUUCUCCAUCGGGUAAACAAUAUAUUGAUAAUGCGAAACAUAAAUUAAUUAUGAAAAUUCCACUUGAUACCGUUGAUCUCGCUGCAGAUCAUUUAAAAAAGACGAGAUCAUUUGCAUCAACACCUCCAACAUUAAAAAAAUCUCAUUCAACUGCAAGUGCAACAUUAGAUAAACAUCGACAUUUAGAAGAAGAUAUAUUUACACUUGGACAAAUGUCUGAUUUAGCUAAAACAAUAACUGUACCUCAUCAGCAAUUAGAUGAUUCAAUAAAAGAAACUAUUAAUAUUGUAAAUAAAUGUUUACUUGAUGAAACAACAACAACGAAUACAGAAUCAAAUAGUAUCUCUGAUAAUAAUAAUAAUCAUAAAUCGAAUAAUGUUCAAUUAAUAUUAAAUACAACAGAUUGUAUAGAAACGAUUGAUAUUAUUUUUUCAUCAUCUGAACAGAAAAUAUCAUGGGAAAAGAAUUUUCUUGAAGCAAAAAAAAUUCUUCUUGAAAUCGCUGCUGGACAAAGAAAUAUUAGUUUUCAACAAGUUCUUACUCUUCCACAUCAUCGACCAGGAAGUCAAUUUUCUUGUGGAACUGUUCGACCUUGUUCAAAUGAUGUUUGUUUAUGUAAUAAUGAAGGUGAAAUCUGUUUAAUAAAUAUUGAAUCUGAUAUAACAGUAAAAAGUUUUAAUGGAAUAACAUUAUCAGAUAUAAAAUGUAUUGCUUAUAUUCCAUCAAAUAAAAUUCGUCAAAAAGCAUCUUCAAUAAAAUCUACAAAUCAUGAACGUAAAACAAGUUAUCUUACAAAACAACCAUCAACAAAUUCUGAUGAUACAAUUCCUAUUGAUUCAUUACUUGAUAGUGAUACAAGUGAUGAUGAUGAUAUUAGUCAUGAUGAUAAUUUAUCUUUAAAUACAGUUGAAGAAGAUUUUAUUAAUGAACAACAAAUUAGUAAAGAUGCAACAUUAUGGUUAGGAACAGAAAAUGGAGAAUUAUUUAUUUAUGAAUGUUCACAAACAAUGAAGAGUAUUGGAAGAAAAAAUGGGAUAAUUAAACAAUUAAAUUUAUCAAUUCAUUCAAUUUUAUAUACAGAUAAUAAAGUAUUUCUUGCAUUAAAUCAUGGAAAAUUAUGUGUUUUUAAAAGAGAUCUAAAUGGAUGUUGGGAUUUUGAUUCACCAAUAAUUCGAUCAAUUGAAGAAAAUAGUCGAUUAUCAAGUAAUAAAACAGGAGAAAAUUAUGAUGAAGAAAAUACUGAUCCAAUAUCAAUAAUGACAUUAGCUGCUGGAAAAUUAUGGUGUGCUAUACGAGAUAAAAUAUAUGUUGUUUGUAUUAAUUCAUUAAAUGUUCAACAUUCAUUUAUUGUUGAUGAUUGUCAUCGACAUGUCUCAUGUAUGGCAACAAGUGGUUCGUCUAUGCAUCAUGUAUGGAUUGCAUCACAAGGUUCACAUGAAAUUCGUCUUUAUCAUGCAACACAUUUUGUUUGUCUAUUUGAAACAAGUAUAAGAACAGCAGUUACACAAAAAUUACAAGCAUGUGAUGAUAUAAUUCGUGUUCAUAAAUUAGGUUGUCUUUAUGUAAGUACACUUCAUGUAUGUAAAGAAAUCUUAUGGAUUGGAACAAGUGCUGGAAUAAUUGUUAAUUUAAUAAUUCCACAAUUAAUUGAUUUAUUAUCAAUAAAUGGAACAAGUAAAUUAACAUUAAAUUCAAUUCAAUUAAAAGGUUUAACAUUUGGUCAUGUUGGACCUGUUCGAUUUAUAUUAUCAACUGAUAAAAAUAUUCUUUCAACAACAGAUGAUGGAUCAACUAUAAAAACAUUUGUUAUUACGAUUGGAGAUGGAUUUGAAGAUUUCAAUAAUAAUGAUGAAACAUUAGGAAAAGAUGAUGCACUAUCACAUCUUAUUCUUUGGAAUUUAUAA